AUGGCUGCACAAAUUCUCAUGACACAUUCGGUCCGCAAUGUGUACUUCAUGGCGACGACGCAAUGGUUGCAAAAUUGGCCAAAUCAGCUAUCGAUUGCAGUGAACAAUGCUAUAAUCAGUCAAUUCCAAAUCGCAGCUCUCCACUUCAAGAAACUCUCUAACGUUCACUUUACUGCUGAAUCAUAUCUAUCUAUCUAUCUAUCUAUCUAUCUAUCUAUCUAUCUAUCUAUCUAUCUAUCUAUCUAUCUAUCUAUCUAUCUAUCUAUCUAUCUAUCUAUCUAUCUAUCUAUCUAUCUAUCUAUGGAGGCACGGAAUUUUCCGAGUCGCUUAACUUUCAAUUUACUUGAAGACAAAAGUCUCGAGACUUAUAUCACACGUUUGUCACGUUUUGAGUAUCUUUCUUUUCUUUCUUUCUUUUUUUUAUCUUUUUUUGUUUUUCUUUUUAGUUUUUCUUUCCUUCUUUUUUGUUUUUUCUUUUUUGUUUUUCUUUUUUGUUUUUUUUCUUUGUUUUUUUUACUUUUUUUUUGCUGUUUUUCUUUUCUUUUUUCUUUUUUUUGUUAUUCUUUUAUUUAUUUCUUAAUUUUUUUCGUUUCUUUUUUCUUUUUCUUUUUCUUUUUUGUUUUUCUUUCUUUUUUACUUUUUGGUUUUUUGUUGUUUUUCUUUUCUUUUUUUGUUUUUCUUUUAUUUCUUUCUUUAUUUUUUUUCGUUUUUCUUUUCUUCUAUUUUUUUUUCUCUUUGUUUUUUUUGGGUUUUCUUUUUUGUUUUUCUUUUCUUUCUUUUUUACUUUUUUGGUUUUUUUUGGUUUUUCUUUUCUUUUUUCUUUUUUGUUUUUCUUUUAUUUAUUUUUUGUUUUUUCGUUUUUCUUUUCUUGGUUUUUUGUUUUUCUUUUUUGUUUUUCAUUUCUUUCUUUUUUGUUUUUCUUUUUUGUCUUUUUUUCUUUCUUUUUUCUUUGUUGUUUUUCUUUUUUCGUUUUUCUUUUCUUUCUUUUUUUGUUUUUUCUCUUUUGUUUUUCUUUUCUUUCUUUUUUUCUUUUUUGUUUUUCUUUUCUUUCUUUUUUACUUUUUUGUUGUUUUUCUUUUCUUUUUCUUUUUUGUUUUUCUUUUAUUUAUUUCUUUCUUUUUUGUUUUUCGUUUUUCUUUUCUUUCUUUUUUGUUUUUUCUUUUUUGUUUUUCUUUUUUUCUUUCCUUUUUUACUUUUUUGUUUUUUGUUGUUUUUAUUUUCUUUUUUUGUUUUUCUUUUAUUUAUUUUUUUUUCGUUUUCCUUUUCUUCCUUUUUUUGUUUUUCUUUUUGUUUUUCUUUUUUGUUUUUCUUUUCUUUCUUUUUUACUUUUUUGUUUUUGUUUUUCUUUUUUGCUUUUCUUUUAUUUAUUUCUUUCUUUCUUUUUUGUUUUUUCGUUUUUUUCUUUCUUUUUUACCUUUUUGUUUUUCUUUUGAUGUUUUCCUUUUAUUUCUUUUUUCUUUUUUCUGUUAUUUAUUUAUUUCUGUUUUUCAUUCUUUGUUUUUGUUUCUUUCUGUCUUUCUUUGUAUUUUACUUUCUUUUUUUCUGUUUCUCUUUCUUUAUUCUUUUUGUUCCUCGUUCUUCCUUUCUGAUUUACUUUCUUUCUUUUUUUCUUUCUGUUUCUUUUUCUUUCGAUUUUUCCUAUUUUUUUUUCUGUUUCUUUUUCUAACUGUCAGCUUUUUUUCAUAUCUUUCUCUCUGUUGUUUUCUUUCCAUCUUUCUUCAUGUUUUUCUUCCAUUUUCAUUUUGUUUUCUUUCUUUAUUUCUGUUUUUCUUUCUAUUUUGA